AUGAACGAGGCUGACACCUGGUUUGAAGACAAGUUCCAGGAGGUGGAGAACGAGGAGCAGCAGCUGAGGAAGCUCAGUGCUGUAGUGGACUCUCUGGUCAAUCACCGCAAAGAGCUCUGCAUGAACACGGCGCUGUUUGCUAAGAGCAUGGCGAUGUUGGGGAACUCUGAGGACAACACGGCGCUGUCGCGGGCGCUGUCUCAGCUCGCCGAGGUCGAGGACAAGAUGGAGGCGCUGCACCAGGAGCAGGCCGCCAACGACUUCUUUGUCCUGGGGGAGCUGCUUUGUGACUACAUCCGCCUGGUGGGGGCCGUGAGGGGCUGUUUUGACCAGCGCAUGAGGGCGUGGCAGCGGUGGCAGGACGCUCAGAGCUCACUGCAGAAGAAGAGAGAAGCUGAGGCCAAACUGCUGUGGGCCAACAAGCCGGACAAACUGCAGCAGGCCAAAGACGACAUCACCGAGUGGGAGUCCAGAGUGACGCAGUACGAGAGAGACUUCGACAGAGUGGGCAUGAUGGUGCGCAAAGAGGUGCUGCGCUUCGAGAAGGAGAAGGUGAAGGACUUCAAGAGUCAGAUCAUCAGAUACUUGGAGUCAAUGCUACAGUCUCAACAAAGAAAGGAGAAGGUGAAGGACUUCAAGAGUCAGAUCAUCAGAUACUUGGAGUCAAUGCUACAGUCUCAACAAAGAGUAAGCGCUCCCAGCCACCCCCACGUGGUGAAGACGGCCUCCAUCGGGACCCUGGGCCGGACGCGGACCCCGAUGAUCGUGACGGUGCCUAACGCCCCGGACGUCCCGGAGACCAGCCGGAUGUUGGAGGACGUGGACAGUGUCCAGGUAUCACAGGUACAGGACAUCAGCUGCAGUCUUUGCCUCAGCAUCAGCCCCUCCCCCUGCCCUCCUAACCUGACUGACCUGGGCUUGCUCUCCCCCCUCUCCCCCUCUCCCCCCUCUUCCCCCCUGGCUCUCCUGCAGGUCCUGGCCUCCCUGACGCCCUCCUCCGCCUCGCGCAGUAACGCCCCCCCUCCUGUGCCUCUCCCGCAGAGCUACGAACCCGACGAGCUGACGGAGGAGAUGGCCCACCUGGAGGGCCUCAUGAAAGACCUGAACGCAAUCACCACCGCGCCCUAG